GUGAGGAAAGGAAAACAGGGAAGGACAAAUUCAACAAGCGGAGGUCCCAAGGUUUCUACUCCAGGAGCUCUCUGACCAGCCUUGGGCAAUUACCCGGUCGUCCCGUGUCCCCAGCUUCUCUCUUGAAGCUGCGGUGAUUAUACUCCAGGCCUGCACUUCUGCUACGGAGAUCCUUAUUCCAAAGGCUCCGUUGCUGCUGGUCUGGUUUAUUCCAGAGAGAUUCCCCGAGAAACUUCAACGAGAAUUUGAUAACAACCCGAAGCGUCAAGGGAUCAUGGGUGUCCCAGUGCCUGCUCUGUGCACGGGAUUUCGCGUCUGGCAGUACUCUGACCAGCUGCUGCUUGAGCCGUUGGAUGCGUCGACCAGCUGCCUCGCCAUUCGCCGAUCGGACGGCAGCCUGAGCGUCGGAGGCGAGCCAUCUCUCGCCGGAACGGUCUCAGAGCCCAAGUCGGCCUGCCUUCUCCUGGGCUUCAUCGAACUCCUUGCAGGCACGUACGUGCUGCUGGUGACCAACCGGCAGCUGGUCGGUGCGUUCAAGGGCGCACAUGUGUUCAGAGCGACAGCCUUCGAUAUAGUGCCGUGCUGCUCGAAAGACUCCCUCACACCCAAGCAGAAAGCGGACGAGGAGGAGUACCUGGUUCGCCUGCGCUCUGCCUUGUCAGCUCACGGCCUCUUCUUCUCCUACAGCGCUGACAUCACCACCAGCUUACAGAGGGAGGCGCUAGCUGAGGCGAGCACUGGUCCAAAACCCUUGUGGAAGCAGGUGGAUGAUCGUUUCUUUUGGAACCUUCAUCUCCAGCAGCGAGCGAUAAGCUGCCCUGAGGCUGCUCCGUUUGUCGUCCCAGUGAUGCAAGGAAGUUUCGCCAGCAUCCAAUCAGCAAUCAACAAGUGUCCAGUCGAGGUCACUCUCAUUGCACGCCGCAGCGUUGACAGAAUCGGCACUCGCAUGUGGCGCAGGGGCGCUGACUCGAAGGGCGCAGUGGCCAACUUUGUCGAGACGGAGCAAGUGGUGACAGUGGAUGGCGGCGCUGUGGCAUCCUACGUGCAGGUCCGGGGCUCCAUCCCUGUGCUGUGGGAGCAGAUCGUUGACCUCACAUACAAGCCCAAGCUCCAAACUGUUGUCACGGCUGCGCAACCCUUUGAGGCGCCCCUGAGGCAGCACCUAAGAGGGCUCAACGAGAUAUAUGGCCCAGUCAUUGCCGUUGAUCUGGUCAACCAGCAUGGCGGGGAGAGUCGCAUCGGGUCAGCAUACGCUGGAGCUGUGAACGCAAUUAAAGACGCUGAUAUUCGCUACGUGCCCUUUGACUUCCACAAGGAGUGCGGCCACACCAACUUCCACCAGCUGUCUCUGCUGGACGACCAGAUCGGCCAAGACAUGGAGGCGCAGGGUUUCUUCCUGCAAGGGAAGGACGGUUCGGUGCAGAAGCAGCAGCACGGCACAGUACGCACCAACUGUGUUGACUGCCUUGACCGCACCAACGUCUCUCAGAGCUGGUUCGCCCGGCACGUGUUGGAGCAAGAGCUGCGGCAGAUGGGGCUGCUGGGGAAGGACGAGCAGGUGGCGGAGCACAGCGACUUUGACGCCAAGUACAAGAUCAUGUGGGCGGACCAUGGCGAUGACAUCAGCACGCAGUACACUGGCACACCAGCGCUCAAGGGAGACUUUGUGCGGUACGGCAAACGCAGCCCGGAAGGCUUCCUUCAAGAUGGGGUCAGUGCUGUGCAGCGGUACUUCUUCAACAACUAUACGGACGGUGUGAGACAGGAUGGUCUCGAUCUCAUCAUGGGCAACUUCACAGUCAAGCAGGGGGUGCCUUCCCCUUUCACACGCACUGGCAUUGAGAAAUACACG